AUGAAUUCUAGCAACGGCCACAACAGCGUCGGCCGAAUUGAUGGCGGGGAUACAAACGGUCAAUCAAUGAAGCGGAUGCCGGAGAAUGAGCUAACAUCAAAUCAGGAUGACUCGGAAGCAGCUGACGCAUCCUCCAAUCCCCCUGCUGUGGGUCAACACGCCGGCUCCGAAACUUCCAGCAGUUGCUGGGAGCACGACCGGCAGCCACCUAUGACAGGCCCGCGAAAAGUUGAAUACUGCCCAACUUGCGGUAUGCCAUUUGAGUACUGCGAGUUCUCGGGCGCCGCUUGCUCAAAGCAAAAGAAGGACGGGAAGGACCCAACUCAAGCCUCAGUGGUGCAACAAAACGAACACGAGCAGCAGCUCACCGACGAGUUGCAGGAGAAGACUGCCAUCACCGAAGCAAAAAGAGGGGGUGCGAAAAAGGACGGGGCGAAGCCGAAAGUCGUGACUGUUCAGAAACAGGCGAAGCGAAGGGGCAAGUGUUCAACUUGCGUAUGGGGCCUUGAGCAUUUCGGCGUCAAGCAGGAGCAGGCGGCGAAGCUUGCGAGCAAACACUUUGCUUGCGGCGCUUCAUUUCAGAAGGGGCAGCCCGGACAAAUGCCAUUUGUCGAGAUUCAAGGCGACGUGGAGGAAACCAUUGCUGCUUUCCUCGACAAAAAUUUCGACAUACCCGGGGAUAAGAUCGUUUUUCUCGCUGAAAAGUGA